GCAUGCAGGAAGAAAGUGUCGCAGCAGCAUUCGCAAGGAAUGUAUCCGAUCCGGCAGAAAAAAUAGGCCAAAAUGAAGCCAAACUGUUGGCGAUUGUAGUGCUCGGCUUUGGCAGCUUCCUGUGCGGUGUGUUGCCGAUCUACAUUUCCCAACGUAACCGGGAACGGUACCCGAGCGUACUUUCGUUUCUGUUGUGCCUUGGUGCGGGUGUCCUGUUGGCCACGGCAAUCGUACACAUGCUGCCGGAAAUACGGGAAUCGUUGGGCGAGUAUGCUGAGAUUGUGUUUUGUGGUGGAUUUUUCCUCAUGUAUGCGAUUGACGAGCUGAUGCUGUUCUGUGGAAUCGGUGCACAUGAUCACGGUGGUGAACGUGGUGGAAUGGCAGCAGUGCAACGGGACCGACGGCACAGUUGUGUUGGUGAGGAUUCGGAUACUGCCAGCACAUCCAGCCGACGGGAACGGCGGUAUGGUACGAAUGAGGAAACGAAAUCUCUUCUCGGCCAGCAAGGAAAUGAUCCGGAAAUUAACAUCACACACCGGGAAAGCGUGGUUGGUUUCGCGGCCAAUCUUUCCCGCCGAUCGUCCGUAACCGGUCCACCACUACAGCGACAGUCAUCGAAUGCGGCCGAAAUGCAGCUAACCGGUGUGUUUGGACUGCUACUAGCGCUCUGUAUGCAUUCCCUACUCGAAGGGUUAGCAAUCGGUGUUCAAAAUUCAGGCCCCAAGGUACUGCUGCUGCUCGGUGCGGUCAGUGCACACAAGUUCGUGGUCGGUUUCGCACUUGGCGUGGAACUGUGCACGUACAAUGCGAGACAACGUUGCUCGCACGUGUUGCAGGUGCUUACGUUCUCGCUUGGGUCGGUGGCCGGUAUCGGGAUCGGGAUGGGAUUGGAUGGGCUGAACGAAACGCUUACCAAUCUGAUCAUGCCCACACUGCAAGGAUUGGCCGGUGGUACACUACUCUACGUAACCGUUAGUGAGGUGUUACCUCGCGAACGGUCCAAACGGCUGCUGCAUUCGCGUGGACUAGGACCGAUACAGUUCAUUGCCGUUGUGGUAGGAUUUUCACUCAUGUCGGUGUUAAGCUUAGUGCUAACCGACGAGUAG